AUGCCCGUCAUUGACACCACCAAAGACCUGUCGGCACUUUUCGUGUCGCAGGUCAAAGCCACGCCUGAUGCCGUUGCCCUGGAAGAUGGGCCCAUCAGCCUGACCUACGCGGAGCUCGAUCGGAAGGUCGGCGCCCUCGCUAACCGCCUGCGCCACGACGGGGUCGGCCGUGAUGACCUGGUGGGUGUGCUGUUGGGCCGAAGUGCCGACUACGUUAUCUCCUGCCUCGCCGCGCUCCGGGCAGGUGGAGCAUUCCUUGUCCUUGAACUUGCCUACCCGCCCGGGCUGCUGGCCGACGUCGUUGAAGAUGCCAAGCCGAAGGUCAUCAUCACCCAUCGAGCUCACGCCGGCCAAAUCAACCGCGAUAUUCCUCUGAUCAUCCUCGACGAAGCAGGUACGGAUACGGACAGUGCCGCUGUCGCUGACGGAAAUACAAAGACUCUACCCAACUUACCCGCCGAGGAUGACCUCGAACGUCUCGCCUUCGUGUCAUACUCGUCUGGCACUACGGGACGCCCCAAGGGAAUUGCCAACCCACACAGGGCUGCGGUUUGCUCCUAUGACUUGAGAUUUGGUCUGAGUGACCUGAAGCCCGGUGACCGUGUGGCCUGCAAUGUUUUCUUCAUCUGGGAAAUCCUCCGUCCAUUACUCCGUGGAGCCACGGUAGUCACUGUCCCAGACGAGACGAGUUACGACCCUGUCGCUCUUGUCGAGCUGCUGCGCUCCAAGAACAUUACCGAGACUCUCAUGACUCCUACCUUGCUCGCGACAGUACUUGCUCGACACUCGCAGCUGGGAAGUCGUGUCAAGAACCUGCGUACCGUGUGGCUGAAUGGUGAGGUGGUCACCAACGACCUCGCCCACAGGGGAAUUAAGGCGCUCCCGAAUGCACGCCUUCUCAACGUUUACAGUGCCAGCGAAACUCACGAGAUCGCCUGUGGAGAUAUCAAGGAGAUGUUUGACAGUGAGGCCGAGGUGGUCCCAGUUGGGCCUCCUCUCGACCCUGACCAUACCUACAUUGUCGAUGAGGAUGGCAAGCAGGUUGAGGCAGGUGUCAGCGGUGAACUGCUCAUCGGUGGCGGUCUUCUGGCCCGAGGGUACCUCAAUCUCCCGGAAACCACAGCGAAGGCCUUCAACAAGGAUCCUUAUGACGGGACACCCGGAGCACGUCUGUACCGAACCGGUGACACGGCACGGAUGCUUCCCUCGGGUCUCCUCGAGAUCACUGGCCGUGUCGGAGCCAUGAUCAAGAUCCGGGGAUACAGUGUCCAACCCGGUGCUGUCCAAAACGCCAUCGUCACUCAUCUUGCUGUUUCCCAUUGUGCUGUCGUCUCUCACGGCGAUGGCCUUGAUCGACAACUGCUGGCAUACGUGGUUCCUGACAGAGAUGAACCAGGAGAUCGCCCUGCUGUUGUUAUCGACGAGGCAGGAUUUAGUCCUGCAGCUCGACGAUCACUAUCAUCGCGUCUGGCCCACUACAUGGUCCCUGCAUUGUGGGUUGAGAUGGACUCCCUCCCUACUCACGAAGUGUCAGGUAAAGUCGACCUGAAACGUCUGCCCUCUCCAACCCGGUCUCGCAGCCCCCCACAGGCUCUGGUCAACGGAAACAAGAAGGACGCAGAUCAGAAGAUCACCCUCGAGGACAUCGCGAAGAUGUGGGCUGCGGCUCUCAGCAUACCAUAUAAAUCUGUAAUGCAACAGGAACACGAUUUCUUCGAUCUCGGAGGUCAUUCACUUUGCCUUGUUGACCUUGUCACAAGACUCACCGGUGCCUAUGGCUUUCCUGUGCCGCUUGCACGCCUUGCUGGUAACCCAACACUAAAGGGUCACUUGGAAGUUGUGCAAAACGCCCGUGACGGACACACUGCAGCAGUCCAGGCCGAUCUUCCACAUGUCUUGGAAACCGACUCAGUCCUUCCAGUGGAUAUCAAACCGAAAGGAGCCAAGAUGCAGCGUCUCAGCGAAGCCGACACUGUCCUACUGACCGGCACGACUGGAUUUUUGGGGGCAUUCCUGCUGAACACUCUCCUAGAGACCACAUCGGCGCACGUCAUUUGUCUUGUGCGUUUCGCUGACCUUUCGACUACCAACCCGUCAGCUGGAAUGGCACGUGUGCGAAACAAUCUUCUGGACUUGGGCCUCUGGAACGACUCAAUGCUUGAUCGUAUCGAGAUUAUACCCGCGAACUUGGCGCGAAAGCGAUUUGGUCUGUCGCCUGACGCCUUUGACGCGUUGGCUUCACGCGUGCAGGUCAUCAUCCACUCGGCUGCUACUGUCAACCUUGUGUAUCCUUACGCGGCGAUGCAGGGUGCUAAUGUCUUUGGCACGAGAGAGAUUCUCCGGCUGGCCUGCCAAGGAGGCGCGACUGUGCACCACAUCUCGACCAAUGGCGUACUGCCUAACUCGGUUGAGGGCUGGACGGAAGACGCCAUGGUAGACGUCGGUGACGUCCCAGAUAAGCUGUUGGAUGGAUACGGACAGACGAAGUGGGUGGCCGAAAAGCUCGUUCUCGAGGCCGAGAAACGGGGAUUGCCAGCUAGGAUUUACCGUCCCGGUACCAUCAGCGGUCACAGCACCUCUGGCUCCUCGAACACGUACGAUCUACUAAAUGCGCUGAUCGUGGAGUCGCUUCAAUUGGGGCGUGCGCCAGACAUCGAGGGCUGGUACGCUGAGAUGACCCCAGUUGAUUUCGUCAGUAAGGCGAUUCUGUCCCUUGCAGACCUCGCCGAUACCGAGCAGCGCGUAUUUCAUCUCGGUGACCCCAACCCCGUCACUACGAAGGACGUGUUCAACAGCCUCGCCGAGCUUGGGUAUCCUACAGAGCCCCUGGCGUGGAAAGACUGGGUUGCGCUGUGGAACGAGAAGAGAGGUUCUGGCAAGGCAGAUAAUAUUUUCACUGUCGAGAUCCUUCGGCGUGGUAUGCCCUCGAUUGAGUUUCUCACGUGGGUGACUGUACUCAAGGACCCCGCGACUGCGCCGGCGUCGAAGAAGGCAGGCAUGGAAAGGCCAAAGAUCGACACCAAGCUGCUCGAGAUCUAUGCCCGGCAUUUCUGCGCCAGAGGCUGGCUGCCACGACCCCCUAAACGACAUCCGUCGAAUGCGGCUGUACAUGCCACCAGGAAUGGACCCCUGGCAGGCCGAGUCGCUGUCGUUACGGGAGCGUCGUCCGGUAUCGGGGCUGCCGUCGCUACUGCUUUGGCUAGAGAGGGCGCGCAUGUCGCCAUUGCUGCUCGCCGCACUGACGCCCUCGAGUCUCUCAAGAGCAAGAUUGCCAGAUCCGGCGGCAAAGUCCUUGUUCACAAGACAGAUGUGACCAAACGCGAAGAAGUAGAAUCGCUGAUGCGUACGGCCAACGAGAAGCUCGGCCCCAUCGAUAUACUCGUCUCCUGUGCGGGAGUGAUGUACUUCACGAUGAUGGCAAAUGUGCAGACGGAAGACUGGGAGCGCACCGUCGACGUGAACUGCAAGGGUCUUCUACACUGCUUGUCGUCGACGGUCCCAUCAAUGCUCUCGCGGGGCAGUGGCCACAUCGUCGCCAUCUCAUCCGAUGCCGGGCGAAAGGUGUUCCCGGGCCUGGGCGUCUACUCGGCCAGCAAGUUCUUCGUCGAGGCGACGCUGCAGAGUCUGCGCCUCGAGACUGCGGGCACCGGCCUGCGCGUCACCGCGGUCCAGCCCGGAAACACGGCCACGGAUCUCCUGGGCAUGUCGACUGAUGCUGAGGCCAUCAAGAAGUUCGGCGAGCCGACGGGCGCCAAGGUCCUUGAGCCGGCCGAGGUGGCGGAUGCGAUUAUUUAUGCGCUGCGCCAGCCAGCCCACGUUGCUGUGAAUGAGGUUCUGAUUGAGCCGCGGGAUGAGCCGAUCUAA